AUGUCGAUAACUUACACAAUCAAAACAAAAUGGAAUUCGUUGCCGAUUAAUCAUCGUCCAGUUCAAAUCACUCUGUCGUCAAUACCAUCGACAAAUGGUAUUCUUAUUAAUAUUGAAGCACCAUUAUUUUCCGAUCCUCCUUCUCCCACGAGUGAACCAGGUCCAACUGACAAAUUAUGGAAUUAUGAAGUUGUUGAAAUAAUGUUAUUAAAUUCAAAAACAAAUCAUUAUUUAGAAUUAGAGUUCUCACCUUCUGGUCAUUAUCUUGUUCUGUUUUUAAAUGGUCGUCGAAAUAUAGUAAAACAUUUAUUACCAUUAAAUUAUACGGUUACAUGUACUAAUGAUAGUUGGUCAGGUAUAGCCGACAUUCCAUUUGAUUAUUUUCCAAAAAAUAUCGAUCGUAUUAAUUGUUAUGCAAUAUAUGGAUCAAAUGAAGAUCGUGUUUAUGAAGCAUUAUAUCCUGUACCUCUUAAUAAAUAUAGUGAGCCCGAUUUUCAUCGUUUAGAAUAUUUUAAUAAUAUUGACUUUAAAUUAUUAAUGAUAAACAAUCAUGUUAAUGACCAAAGUGAAAGUAAAAUAUGGACAGAAAACUUAUCAUAG